CCGCUAUUCACAGUGGAGUGUGGAGUGUAGUGCUAUACUCAAACAUUUACAGCUACAGGCCCAGGAAAUGGAGAGAAUGGUACAGGCUUCCAAUGAUUUAUUAGCAUCAAUGGACGUGGAGUUUUUGCAGGGUUCCACGGACUUCACCAAAACAACUGAUGACCAGCUGAAUGGGAUAAGAUCAGAUCUGGAGAAACAUGAGGUCAGCAGACAGAAGCUUCUAGCUUCUGUACAACAUGACCAAGUUGUUCCUAGACAGGUGACUGUAAAAGAGACAAUGCAAGAACGCCAGGACUUAGAAGCAGCAGUCGAUGGACAAAUAUCUCCCCUACGUGUUACAAAGCCGACGCUGAGAUUCACAGAGACAGACGACAGGAAUCUGAGAAUCACUGACAGCGGCUGUGUGGUAAAGGCUGAGGGCUUGUCCUGGGGGAGGUGGAGGAGAGCUGUGACAGGCGGGCGUUACCAGACGGGCAGGUACUACUGGGAGAUACACAUCACCUGUUCACAUAUCUGUGACUGUCGUGUAGGAGUGACACAGGAGAGCUGUGAUGUGAGUGAGGAGACAGACCCUGGCCGUAACUCCUGGUACAUUGGGAUGGAGUACCGUGGUGAUAAGGUCAAGUGUUAUAGGCACAGUGGUGGUGGUGAGAUCAAACCUGACUAUCUACAGUGGAGACGUUACACACGACCUCCUCACCUGGGUGUGUACCUGGACUGUGAUGAGCACACACUGACAGUCCUGGACUGUGACAACAACCAGGUAAUGUACACUGUCAGUGAUGUUAUCGUCACAGAGCCUCUCGUGCCAUCGGUUGGGUUUUAUGUCAGGCAUGGAUCUGUGUCUACUCGUCUGGUAACGGGUGACUCUGCAACUCUGCCUCCAGUUCUCUGUGAUAUGAUAAGCACUUCCUGACCAUCAGGUAAUUAUUUAUUACAUCCUUUCCAUCAUGUUAUCAUGUGUUGAA